CUUAGGCUGAGUUUAGCCGGCGGGAGCCCGGAGUCCGCUCGGCGCUAGCGCGGGGACACGGGAGCCGCGCGGGACCCGAGCAGUUUUUCAGAGCAGUCGCCAGGCUCAGCCCCUCUCCCGGCCCCGCCGCGCAGCUCAGAGACCUGCUAUGGCCACGUCUAUACUUGGGGAAGAGCCGCGCUUUGGAACGACCCCGUUGGCCAUGCUGGCGGCGACCUGCAACAAGAUCGGCAACACGAGCCCGCUGACCACGCUACCAGAGUCAAGCGCCUUCGCCAAAGGAGGCUUUCAUCCCUGGAAGCGCUCUUCGUCCAGCUGCAACCUCGGCUCCAGCCUCUCAGGCUUCGCUGUGGCCACUGGCGGCCGUGGCUCGGGCGGCUUGGCGGGUGGCUCCAGCGCCGCCAACAGCGCCUUCUGCCUGGCCUCCACGUCGCCCACGUCGUCCGCCUUCAGCAGCGACUACGGCGGCCUCUUCUCCAACUCGGCCGCUGCCGCGGCGGCGGCGGCCGGGGUGUCCCCACAGGAGGCGGGCGGCCAGUCGGCCUUCAUCUCCAAGGUUCACUCGACGGCGGCAGACGGCCUGUACCCGCGCGUGGGCAUGGCGCAUCCUUACGAGUCGUGGUACAAAUCAGGCUUCCACUCGACGCUGGCGGCGGGCGAGGUGACCAACGGUGCGGCGUCGUCGUGGUGGGACGUGCACAGCAGCCCGGGCUCGUGGCUGGAGGUGCAGAACCCCGCUGGGGGGCUCCAGAGCUCGCUGCACUCGGGCGCCCCCCAGGCCUCGCUGCACUCGCAGCUGGGCACCUACAAUCCCGACUUCAGCUCGCUUACGCACUCGGCCUUCAGCUCCACGGGCCUCGGCUCCUCUGCCGCUGCCGCCUCGCACCUGCUCUCCACCAGCCAGCACCUGCUGGCUCAGGACGGCUUCAAGCCCGUGCUGCCCUCCUAUUCGGACUCAAGCGCCGCAGUGGCGGCCGCUGCCGCCAGCGCCAUGAUCUCCGGCGCUGCGGCUGCCGCCGCCGGGGGGAGUUCGGCGCGCUCGGCUCGCCGCUACUCCGGCCGCGCCACCUGCGACUGCCCCAACUGCCAGGAGGCGGAGAGGCUGGGCCCUGCCGGGGCGAGCCUGCGGCGCAAGGGCUUGCACAGCUGCCACAUUCCGGGCUGCGGCAAAGUGUACGGCAAGACAUCGCACCUGAAGGCGCACCUGCGCUGGCACACGGGCGAGCGGCCUUUCGUGUGCAACUGGCUCUUCUGCGGCAAGCGCUUCACGCGCUCGGACGAGCUGCAGCGGCACCUGCGGACUCACACGGGCGAGAAGCGCUUCGCCUGUCCGGUGUGCAACAAGCGCUUCAUGCGGAGCGACCACCUGAGCAAACACAUUAAGACGCACAACGGGGGCGGCGGGGGCAAAAAGGGCAGCGACAGUGACACGGACGCCAGCAACCUGGAGACGCCCCGCUCCGAGUCCCCCGACCUCAUCCUGCAUGACUCCGGCGUCAGUGCCGCCCGGGCGGCGGCGGCGGCGGCUGCGGCGGCGGCUGCAGCGGCGGCCUCGGCGGGAGGCAAGGAAGCCCCGACUGGCCCCAACGAUUCUUAAAGGCUGGACGAGAAGCGCGAGCGAGCGAGUAGAGACACGGAAAGCGAGUGAGAGGUUCGGAGGGCGAGCAAGCGGGGCACGGGAGGGCGAGGGCUCCAGUGACGCCCCGAAGCCCGGAUGGGCGCGAGGUGGAGCCACGCGCGGCGCCUCGGCCCUGGUUUGCCGGCUUAGCCUGGAGCUCCCCUCCGCCGUCCGCGCCCAGAUGAGAAUCGAACGCGUGGUCCAGAAACAAAAGCAAACCAUCCUUCGACAUAAACACCUUUUAACACUGCACACACAGAUAUAUACAUACACCAGAGACCCACAACCUCAAGUAUCCACACUCGUGCGCGCGCGCGCACACACACAUACACACAUCCCUUACACAAACUUCUCAAGCGAAGAGCAAUACACAGAAUCGCCCCUUCCUCCCCCACUGUCCUUCUCUGUCCUUUUCUCAGAAAACUAGCCACCACCCAGCAAAGGACUGUCAGAACAUUUGAAAACAAAUGGACCUAUAAAAACAGACCCUUUGUGUGGAUUAUAUUAUAUAUAAAAUGCUCCAAGUCCUGCUUGAUAUCUACUUACAAUGAGACUUUUUUUUUUCCAAAAAAGGAAGCAUCAAAAAAAAAAAAAAAAAAAAAAAAGGCCUAAGGUGAGAAAUUAAACUGGAAGUCUAGCGACAGUUUCUCUGUAUUUCAUAACAUCUGUAUAAAUAGGGUUCAAAAGAUUGUGUUCGCUUUUAUUUUCUUGUAAAUGUUCAUUCGAAUAGAGUUUUUUUUUUUCUUUUUGGUGAAUUCCUGAAAUUCAGGGAGUUUUUUUUUUUUAAUUUUCUGAUGCACUUUGUGAAAGUCAGUAUAUAUGUAAAAAGAUAUUUAAAAUGUUGAGUUAUCAUUUCACUCAAACACGUAAGUUAAGGUCAUCUAAAGAAAUUAAAUGCGUUUAUCUGUAUGAAGAAAAUCUUGACAUAUUUUCAUUUUGGUAUUAUUAAAGGACUCUGAACAAUACACUUCCUUUUUUUAUUUUAAAUCCUGUUUCCCCCUUAAUAACCUUUAUGUGGUUGACUUUUUUUGUUGGGAAACAAUUCCAUUAAUGUUAGUUGUAGGUAAUGUAAAGUUUAUGUGGGUUAUAAAAGCCAUAAUACAUAUACAUUUUUGAGAAGUCAAAAUUAUUUAUUUGUAUAUCAACAGCAUAAAUUAAAUUGGGUUAUAAGAA